AUGAUGCAUAAAAUGGAUGACAAGGAUGAUUUUUUUGGCAUUCACGACGCCACUGAAACACCCCUUCCGCGUCAUAUGGAAGCUGCAAUAAUAUUACGGUCAAGGACGGGAAAAAAAUAUCGUGAAGCUUCGAAUAAACGAAGUACUGUUUCAGACCAGAGACAAAAUAGUAAAACUAAUGCUGCAUUUGAUACAUCUGGUAUCGACUAUGUUAACACACUGUAUUUCGGUGGUUUGCUAAGCAGUCGGUUAGUUCAGCGACAUUCGCUGGAUCGAUCGUCAAAUGACUCUGUGGAAGAUUCCAAUGAAGGUACUGGAUGUGAUGGUAAUGACAGUGAUGUGAAUGAGGAGAAUAUUCGACCACUCGAACUGUUGGAUUUAAGAAUACACAAAGAUAUAGGUCUCAAAAAAAUAUGGGAAGAAAUUCAACCGGUAUGGAAAAUGAAUAAGGAAGAUUUAAUUAAUGUAAUGGCCAAUCGGAUUAUUUAUGAAGACGAGGAACUUAUUGCAUUUGAUAAGCCGUAUCAGAUGCAUCUAGCAAAUGCGCCUAACAAUCAAGCUGAAUUGUUGCGUAUUCUUCCCCAACUUUCUUAUCGAAUAACACCACAUGUAGAUUGUUUACGGAUCAUAAAAUCCAUUGGAAAAUCUGUUACUGGAGUAACUUUGUUUGCAAAAAAUCAAAAUGCUCAAGAAAAAAUAAAAGCCUUGUACGAUAAUGGAUUAAUAGAACAGUGUUACCGUGUGAUUACAAAUAUGGCACCUCCACAUCACAAAGCUGCUAUCAAUAUUCCGCUUGUCAAGUGUAGGAAGAAAAAUAACAAUUACAUGAUGUUACCACUGAGUGUAAACAACGACAAUAAAGUCACUCCAUUCUUGGAAGCAAGUACUUAUUAUCGUGUUAUCAAGCAUGACUCCAAAAAUCAUACCAGCUAUAUGGAAUGUAUUGUCAAUCGUGAUGUUCCGGAACAAAUACGCGCUCAUCUUGGUAUUGGCAUUGCGUGUCCCAUUAUCGGUGAUAUCAAAUAUAAUUUUAGUCGUCGAGAAGCAGGAAGAGGGAUUCCACCACGUUUAUCGGAUACUGCGUUACAAGAUUUAAAUAUUGCUGGUAAUUCAUUCCGUCGACUACCAAUGUACAUACAUUUAAAAGAAGUGAUUAUUCCAUUAUCGAAACAAAGCUCGCAAAAAAUCCAUAUCUGUGCUCCGAUACCAUCUUUUUUUACAUAUACUUUAAACAAGUUACGGUUGUUAAAAAAAUAA